AUGGGCUCCAGGAAGGUGGUCAAAUUGGCCCUGUGUGAGGUGCUGCAGUUCAACGCACUGGUCGUGCCGCUCUUGGUGGUGAUGCAGAAGUUUGCGGCCGUCGUGUGGCACGUCCGCAGCAGUGCCAUGCUCUCAGGGGAUGCUAGCACCCCCUACUGGCUCAUCGUGGCUGUCUCCGUGGCUUACGUUACCACCGUGGCGCUGCUGGUCUGGGUGCCCAUGAAGUACCUGGUCUUCAAGAAGAGGAGGUUCUUGAUUGGCAGGAAGAAGUGGAGACCGGUGGCCCUGGCCUACGUGGUCUUGUCCACGCUCCCAUGCUUUGCCUUCCUCAUCGCGAGCGCCGAGGUACAGAUCAGCAGUGGCUUACGCCAUGACGCCUUCACAGAGCUCCCCGUCUCAUUGGUCCUGCUCUCCCUCAUUUGCAUUGACAUCACAGAGCGGAUUCGCCAGUGCCGUCUCACGGGCCAGGUUCAUCCUCCACAGAGGGACGCCGACAUUCCUUCCUCUCUGCUGACUGGUGUGGGCCCCCUGUCACCCCGGUCCCCCCAGCCUGCUGUGGCCCCAGGGGUUGUCAUGCUAGGUCAGGUGGAUGGCAGUCGCGAGCAGAACAUGGCCAACGGCAGACAGACUCCCGGAUCUCGGCUGGUACACAGCACAGGCUUGAACUUCAGGUCCGAUCCUAAUGGCACCAUUCCUGGCCUCUCUCUGUCUGGGAACCAGGGCAGACAGUAUAGCUCAGCCCCGGUGGCCCAGUUGCCCAUCUUGCCAGUCUACUACCCCCCGCAGUACGUAGUCUCGGGGCCUCUCCGCUUCCUGUCUGCAAGCGAUUCCCGGGCCGAAGUCUUCGUGGAUGGCUUCCUGUUCUGGCUGGACACAGUGGAGAUGGUACGGGCUGCGAUGCACCCCGUCGUCUUCUAUUCACGUUGGGUGUUCCCCAUCUACAUAUCCAGCUACCUGUCGAUACUCAGGGUUGUUGUCAUGCCUGGGAGCACCCUGCUGGCCACACUGGGGAUUGCACUGCAGGACAUCCCUUUCCUCUUUAUCCGCAUCGGUUUGGUCGCCAUAUUUGGCUUUGUGACGCCACUCUUAUACCUGCUGAAGAACCUGCUGCUCUCCCUGGCCUUCUUCUACUUCAAUUUCGUGACCAAGCUGAGAAUCUUUAACACGCAGAGUCUGUUUUAA